CUUUUUUUUUACCCAUUCAGAUACUGCUGAUGUGGUUCUAGCUACAAUUUCGAGGGAAAGUUACAGUGUGUUUUCUCCUUUUUUAAAUUUCACAUUUAGUUUAGCUAGCUAUGCCUUAUUAUCAAACAUGGGAAGAGUUCGCCAGAGCCGCAGAAAAACUAUAUUUGACAGAUCCAAUGAAGGUCAGAGUUGUGCUGAAGUACCGCCAUUGUGAUGGCAACCUUUGUAUGAAAGUCACAGACGACGCAGUGUGUUUACAGUACAAGACCGACCAGGCGCAGGAUGUAAAGAAGAUCGAGAAGUUGCACGGCAAAUUGAUGAGAUGCAUGGUGUCCAAGGAAUCUCGUAGUGUUGCCAUGGAGACGGACUGAUUGAUUCCUCAGUCAAGUUUAUGAACUUUGAGGCCGGACAGUGGUGUGCCUUUCACAAGCAAGGGAAAAAAAGAGGAGGCAGCGCAGAAGACUGAAUGAUGAAGAGGAAGAUGUGUGUGAGCGGGGAUGGGUGGGGAGGGGAGGGAGGGGAAAAGAAUCGUAGGAUAAAGGUUAAGCGGAGAGCAGUAGACUGGCUCUUCUGAAGAGCAAGCUGCUUGUGCGUCCUGUAGGUGGAUAGUUAUUUAUUUUUUUGGGUUUCAAGGUGGACUAAAGCAAGAUUUGAACAACAAGAUGUCUGUCUGUUGACAAGGUUGGGUUUUCUUGAGCGGUUUUUAAGUUCCUUUUUUAUUUUUCAUGGAGAAAUAUUCCCAGUUUCACAAGAGCCCAAAUGAAGCGGCGUCUUCAGAUUUACACUCAGUCAUUUUCGUAAUGGAGCUACUGUUUUCUUUCAUUGGAUGUUCAAAUUGUCAUGUGGUAUUCAAUAAAUAUUUACAUCUGUAAA